CGGGCCUUAUUCAGUGGAUUUACAUAAGGCUCCCAUCAGCCGGCCCACUCAUUACCACGUUUUAUAUCCCCUUGCACUCAGAAAGCAUCAUGACAAAGUAGCUCCAUCCUCCCCUUCAACAGGGAAGUGAAGCAGCUUCUCGGAGCAGGUGUCAGCAGCCGCAAACUCCCCACCACACUGGAGCAGAGAGGAAGAAGGGAACUUUAUUUUUUACUUUUUUUAUCACACCCCUCUGCGUCCUGUCUUUUCCCAUCUGCUGCAGCGCGCGCACACAGCAGGCCUAUGUUGUGUUUUUAAUGUUUUCUAAAAUGGUAUCCAAGCUGACAUCCCUGCAGCAGGAGCUCCUCAGCGCCCUGCUGGACUCAGGAGUUACCAAAGAUGUUCUGAUCCAGGCCCUGGAUGAUAUGGACCCCAGCCCGACGGGCUUUGGAGUAAAACUGGAGAGCCUGCCCAUGUCCCCCGCUCCGCCUCAGAGCGUCAAGAUGAACGGGGCGGACACCGACUCGAAGCCCGUCUUCCACACGCUCACCAACGGCCACAGCAAGGGUAAGCUCUCCGGGGAUGAGGGCUCCGAGGACGGGGACGACUACGACACCCCGCCGAUACUGAAGGAGCUCCAGUCGCUCAACACGGAGGAGGCCGCCGAGCAGAGGGCGGAGGUGGAGCGCAUGUUGGCAGAGGAUCCAUGGCGUGCUGCCCGCAUGAUCAAAGGUUACAUGCAACAGCACAACAUCCCCCAAAGGGAGGUGGUGGACGUCACGGGGCUUAACCAGUCUCACCUUUCCCAGCACCUCAACAAAGGCACGCCCAUGAAAACACAGAAGCGAGCGGCCCUCUACACCUGGUAUGUCAGGAAACAGCGGGAAAUUCUCCGACAGUUCAACCAGGCAGUGCAAGGCUCUGGCAGCAACAUGAUAGACAAAGGCAAUCAGGAUCCGAUGUUUUUUUUCCCAGAGUACAACCCAACCAGUCAGGGCAUGGGCCAGCCUGGUGACGAGGUCGGCAGCGAACCCUCCUGCAAGAAAAUGAGACGUAACCGUUUCAAAUGGGGUCCUGCAUCCCAGCAAAUCCUGUACCAGGCCUAUGAACGGCAGAAGAACCCCAGCAAGGAGGAGAGGGAAGCUUUGGUAGAAGAGUGCAACAGAGCCGAGUGUCUCCAGAGAGGCGUCUCCCCUUCCAAAGCUCAGGGCCUCGGCUCUAAUCUGGUCACUGAAGUGCGAGUCUAUAACUGGUUUGCCAACCGACGUAAAGAGGAAGCCUUCAGGCAGAAAUUAGCCCUGGACGCCAUCAACGUACCGCCACACAGCAUGAACCCUCUGCUGUCACACAGCUCGCCACAUCAUAACAGCACUUCACCUCCCAUGCGUUACAGCCAAGGCCCCGGUGAGGUCACCUCCUCCACGGCCAUCAGUCACCACAGUAGCAACGCGAUGGCGACCAGCCAGUCAGUGCUCCAGCAGGUGUCUCCGGGAGGAUUGGACCACAGCCACAAUCUGCUGUCACCUGACGCCAAGAUGAUUUCAGGUUCAGGUGGAGGACUUCCUCCAGUCAGCACACUGACCAACAUCCACAGUUCCCAUCACGGCCACCAGCAGACACAGAACCUCAUCAUGCCCCUAACUGGAGUCAUGGCCAUAGCACAGAGUUUAAACACAUCGCAAUCUCAGACAGUGCCAGUGAUCAACAGCGUGGCGGGCAGCCUUGCAGCGCUGCAACCGGUGCAGUUUUCCCAGCAGCUCCACAGCCCCCACCAGCAGAGCCUGAUGCAGCAGUCCCCCAGCCACAUGAGCCAGCAGCCGUUCAUGGCUACUGUCACACACUCGCACAUGUAUCCUCACAAGCAAGAGCCCCCGCAAUAUUCCCACCCGUCACGUUUCCCCUCGGCCAUGGUGGUCACAGACGCCAACAGCAUCAGCACCAUCAGCUCCAUGUCCUCGAGCAAGACGGACGCUCCUGUAAACAAGAUGGUGCAACUCGGGGGUCUCUCCUGGUGUCCUCUUCAAGCUUGGUGAGAGCGUCCACCUGACUUCCUCGGUGCCCAGCAACCGGAGCACAUUUUUCCACCCUCUCACUGCGGUAACCAUGACAACUCUUAAUAACCGGCAACGGCGUGCUGGAUGAUGAGUCAGUCAACAAAACAAGAGGAGCAGCGUCGACGGUGGGCCAGGCGGUGAAAUUGAGAAAUGGGUACAGAGAGGGGGGAAAAGGAAAAAAAACCUCACUGCACCUGAGAGUGAGGAGACUGGAUCCCCCUCUGUCGCACACAAAUGAUCAACAAGGAUGAUUUUAACACAAUCUUUGAAAACAGUAUUCAGUUUUUUUUAAUCCCCCCUGUCAUCCUCUUUUUCUGACACUACAAAGGAACAAAAACCAAGCAUCCAAAAAGUGCUCACAAACUGCUGCGGUACGGACUUGAAUGAAGGCUCUGGGACAUCUUACACUGUGAUUUAAGGUGGAAUUAUGAAGAAACCCUGACACUAACAGAGACACUGAUCAGCCUCUGUGAAGGCUGAAAGACUCACAACAAGUUCCUGGAUGCCUCCUUCCACACUUUGCCUUGCACGUGAGCAGAACUGUGUGACAAUCACAAAAACCCCGUAUUGAUCUUGUGCAUGUAUGUGACAUUCUUACUGGGCUUUAAAGGAGUCUUCCAUGUUAUUCUUUCACGCUCAGUUUUGCUGUGCUAGCGUUAGUGCAGGUGAUGAAUGCGAGGAAUUCAUCAUUUGGAGUUGUUCAAUGUGUAAACUGUGAUUGAAAAGACUUUGACAAUCUUGAAAGGACUAUGCAAUGCGUCAAUAGUUGUAUGCAAUGCUUUGAAUAACUGGAUUCUGCACAGAACUCCACACACUCGAGACUGGAAAUGAAUAUGCACUAUCAAUGAAGUCACCAAUAGGUAUAUAUAUAGAUGUGCUAUAUAGGUAUAUAUACUGGAGUUGCUGUUGAUAAAGCUGCCUUUAAAAUAACACAAAAGCAGAUGGAUGUGACAAAUAUGCCAAAGAAUAAGAGUCAGCCUGCAAUGUCUACGCAGGGAGGGCUGACUCACACACUUUAACUGUGGCCCUUCCCCUCCAUGUUGUUUGCACACAGGUUCAGGUGAAUUUCAGGAAUGGGACUCACCCUCCUCCUCCUUCUCCCACUUCCUGCCUCAAUGUGAAGAGAUACCAAAUAGGACAAAUAUUGUUAAUAACUCCUCAUCAUAAGUCAGGACCCCCCUGGGGGUGGUUAGAAUGAAAAUAUUGACAAGUAUUCAGAAACAAAACAGUCAUCUUAGUCUGGUAUUUUGUGCAGGAGAGAGACAUGAAAGACGGCGGUGUUGUGACAGCAGCUGCUCUAAUCAUGAAGGAAUCCACAAAGACUGAGAGCUGUUGGGGAAAGGAGUAGCUGCUGUGGGCACAGACGCCCACACACAGUUCCAGUUUCACUCAUACUUUGACUUUGCUGGGUGAGAAAGGUCGAGAUGGGGACCAAAUAUGGCAGCAUUACAUCAUCACUAUACUACCCAUGUUUCUACGAGACAAAAAAAAGCAAUGUCGACUAUCAAACCCUGCAUAUCGCAAGCGUGUCAGAUCCAGUCUCCUGUUCAAUAUUAGGUCAUUACAUUUGUUAUUAUUAUGUUGGUUGGUCUGUGACUGUUAUUAUAGGCACAUCUACUGCCAUCUGAUCAGAGGGCACUCUUACUUGUGUGACAGGACAUGAUUUUUUUUUUUCUCCUCCUAAUGUAUUAUUUUUGUAUAAAAAUUGAAAUCAAUCAUAAAUCAUUAUUUAUACUUUCUGAGAAAAUGUUGAUAUUUCAAGUAAAAGUUUUUUUUCAAAAUGAA